AUGUUGCCUGACCCGGCAAAUGACGAGUACUUGCUAACGGUCCAUGCAAUUAAUCCCGUCGUGGAGAAAGAAGUGAGGAGGAAGUUCGACCGCUUUAUCAUGCCCAUUGUAUUUCUGUCUUACAUGUUCGCAAUCCUCGACCGCUCCAACAUUGGCAAUGCCCAGACGGGCGGCAUGGGUGCCGAUUUAGGAUUUGACGACAGCCAGUUUGAGUGGCUUUUGACAAUCUACUAUAUCCCUUACAUUGCCUUUUCGGGAUUUCAUAUUCUGUGGCAGGGACCCCAGAUGCGUUUCUGGGCAGCUGCUAUGAUCUUCGCCUGGGGUUCAAUAUCGGCUCUCCAGAGUGUCGUGAAGAACUGGGGAGGCAUGAUGAUCUGCCGGUGUCUCCUCGGCGUUGCCGAAGCUUGCUUUGCCCCCGGGAUCCCAGUCAUUCUGAGUUACUUCUACCGGCGAGAGGAAAUCGGCCUCCGGGUCGGCAUCUACUUGUCGGCCGCACCCCUGGCAACAUCAUUCGGAGGGCUCCUCGCUUACGCCAUUGUCAGUUACUUGCACAGCCCGUACCUUGCUGGGUGGAGGCUACUCUUCAUCGCCGAAGGAAUUCCGCCCGUCCUUCUAGCCAUUGCUCUCGCUAUCUUCCUACCUAAGUCGCCGGAGGAAGCCUUCUUUUUGAAAGCGUACCAAAAGAAAAUCGCCGAACAGCGCACAAUUAUGCAGUGCGGCAAGACCGGCCAACACAGGAUGGGGUGGAAUAAUAUUAAACCAAAACAAAUAUGGAAAACGAUGGUAGACCCACAGACAAUUGUCCACGGACUCAUGGGAUUUUGCUGCAACGUGUCGUUUGCAUCCCUGCCCGUCUUCUUGCCGACCAUCCUGACGACCAUGGGCUUCUCAAAAGUCGCCUCGCAGGGGCUGACGGCGCCUCCGUACUUAUUUGCUUUUGUCGUCUGCAUUCUCAGCACGUGGUUUGCGGACAAGUUCAAGCAACGCGGUUAUAUAAUCGCGGCACUCUCGCUGGUUGGUAGCUUGGGCUACAUUCUCCUGGCUACGCUGCCAUUGGACAACACGCUUGGCCGCUAUGCGUCUAUCUUUUUGGCCGCUGCGGGCGUGUUCUCGGCUAUCGCAAACAUCCUCCCAUGGUCCCUCAACAACCAGCCCACCGACACGGCACGUGGUGCCGGCAUGUCCAUCUUUGGGUACCUUAGCCAGGCCGGGCCCUUACUCGGAACGAGGAUGUUCCCGGUCUAUGAUGGUCCACAUUACACCAAGGGCUUGGUGAUCUGCGCGGCGUUCAUGUUUCUCAACUUUGUCUUGUCACUCUUGCUCCGCUGGUACUAUGUACACAUGAACAACCGGCAUAUAUCCCUCCUCGGGGCGAUGGCACUUGCAGACGGCUCAAGGAUGGCCGUCGGUGCCAAACCGGUAGAGAUUGUCGACCCCCAAAGGCGACUACGGAGCGCUGGUCUCAGCGAGAUGGCCGAUACCAUAAAUUAUCGGCUCAUACUUUGAUAUAGAAUGGACCAGGGAAUGCCAGGAAGAGUCUGAUGAGGACAGUUGGUGCGGGGUUAAAAAGCGUGCAAAAAGAGCGGUGUGGUAUCGCUUAACUCGAUAUGUCUGGGAGUUUUGUCUUCUUUUGUUUUGUUUUGCUGUUUGGUGUGGGAUUUGGGUUAACGAAAAGCGAUGACAUGUGUGGUAGAGAGAGAGACGAGGAGCAUCGAGCG